GUUUACUUUCAGCACAUAUCGAACUGUAUUUGGUUAUUUCUCAGUGUUUUAGAUAACAAUAAGAAGAAAAUGAUUGUAAGAGUUCUCAUUAAUAGUUUGUUUUUGGUUAUCUUUGCUUUGCUUGGCUUGUCAUACCAAGCUGUUGUCAAUGUCGAUCAAUCAACUAAUCAUCCCAAAGGAAUAAUAGUUGUUCCUGAAAACCAGCGAACAAGCUCAUUGAAAGUGUCUUUCAACGAGACUGUCACUGUCAACAAUGUGUUAGUUGUAUGUGAGAUAAUAAAUCCUUUAGGUGGUGAUACAAAAGUCUUAUUUACUAAUACAAAAGCCUUGGUUGGUGAAAAUAAUACAACAGUGAAUUACAGGAUAAUAUCAUCAGGUCAGCCAGCAACAGUUCAGUGUUCUGCUCAAAGUGAAAAUAAUCAUACACAGUUCAGGUUUUCAUCUUCUAAAGGAACCACAGGACGUCUUCAAGCAACUAGUGCACCUAUUGUUACAAUCUGUGAUAACCCUGUGUUUGUAACUACUGAGACUGGCUGUCUGACAGUACAAGUCCAAUUAAGUGAGGCAGUUAGUGGAGUUUUUCCAGCUGUUGUAAACUGCUCAACAGUCAAUGACAAUGAUGGACCAAGGUUUCAAUUUGAGGCAACAAUUGUUAAAAGUGGACAGAAUACUGCAAAGGUACCAUUUACAGUGUUAUCAAAGGGAACAAAAACACAGUCAGUGCAAGUUGUCUGCAAAGCACAGACGUACAAUGUUACAUUGCUAUCUUCAUGGUUUAUUUGUGGUGGUACAGCUACACCAACAACAACACCAGUAACCACACCUCCUCCCACAAAUACUACAUCAAAUAUUACAACACAAAGACCCAUUACUGUACCUACACCAUCUCCUCCAUCAGUGCUUAACAUCACUAGAUUUCAAACCUCAACCAAUGGGGUGCAGUAUUUUCAGUAUUUACUAGAGACUUCAGAAGGACGUCCUGUAAACUUUAUCUUGAACACACUGGCUCUACAGUUCCAUCCGUCAUCAGUGUCCAUACAUGGUGGGUACUCUGUUAUSCUGUCACUUAACACACCCUUAACAGUCCCACUAGACAUAGAGUGCUCUCUGAUAUUACUUGCUGCUGGUCAAGUCAACACAUCAGCAAUUGGCUGUCCUGAUGAACCUAUUGGCAAAAUCACCUUGACCUCUGUCCAACUACAGCUUGCACAGACAGAGAUACAGUUCAAGAAGUCAGAAGUCUCUAAAACGCUUGUGAUUUCUAUUGAUGGUACACCUUCAACAAGACUAUCUGACUUGGUUCAACUAUCGUGCUGUCCAAAGGCUACAGCUGUUUAUAAACCACCGUCAGUUGCUAUGUAUAUCUUUGUUGAUUUACACAGAUAUCUUCCUGUCAGUGUUUUAGGUACGACCACAAGUACAUCACCCCUUGAUAUCGACCUGACGUGUCCCUGUAAUCUCAAGGAAGGACAAUGUGAUACUACUUGCUGCUGUGAUAAGGAUUGCACGACCAGUGAGAGCUCCGCCUUUACUUGUAUGAGAGGGUUUUUUGGUGGUGACAGCGUAGAGAGACCCUUUGAGUUUAGCUGCCAAGCUACAUGGCCUGACGCCACUGAUUUACAUCCAAUAUUAUGUGUUACUAGUAGCAGUAGUCCAUUUACUGGAUACUGGUACAAUUACACCUCACCUCAGUCAGCUAAGGAUAUACCAGAGUAUAAAGCGUUACUGCAAUCGGCAUCUCAGCAGAAUAGGUUUUCGUAUCAGUCAGUUACCCAAUCCCAGAGCUCUACCGACGGUGUGUAUAAACUGGGCACUAGUGUCAAGACCGCUGCCAAUAGCAACGACAAUAAGUAUUUAUCAGCAACCUUGGGGACCUUGAUUCUUCCAAGUCAAGUAUUCAGCGGUCUCUGCGCACAAACUGUGUCAGUGCGCUUUCUAGAAAAUUCUGUGUCGACGUGUGUUUCAGAGGUUGUGGAGUCCUUGUGUACUGAAACGUCAAUCCUAAGUGCAUCGAGUUAUAUAAUGCCACGAGAUCUUGCUAAUCCACCAUGCCCUGUGCCAGCGGCAGUACUAAGAGGUGGCACGCUCAGUCAGAACCAAAAUGAACAGCCUGACCUUGCCGAUGUUGAAGUGCAGUACUUUUGUACAGCGGACAACUUGGGAAAAUCAUCUCCAUGGCGAUGUGCUUUUGAUGAUGGUAAAACGGCGCCUCCACUUCCGGUUUUGAACCAGACAUCUCAGACAUGCACUAAUGUUGUGCUUAAUGUGACGUAUCAAUUUGAAACGUCUGGUCAGAAGGUUAAUAAAGUUAAAGCAGUGGUUAUCCUUGGUAAUGUAAAACUUCAGGUCCAGUCUUACUCGAGUCUUGCUACAUCAGAAUCUCCCGUCAAUACUGUUACCCAGUACUUCCAGACAAAAUUUGUAGGUGCAUCUAACAGUUCCAAUAGUACUAUUGUUAGUCGUUCAGGUAAUCCAGGAUACAUUCGAGGAUUGCCUGUCUUGGCUCUUACCAGAUCAUCAAAUAAUUCCAUUCUGACAAGUCUUCCCAUCAUGUCCCUCAGUGACAAUAGUCUUUGUACUUCGUCUUCAUUAACACCAAUCAGUUUCGGCGAGACGUCAUCUAGUGGCUGUGCCAUUAAACUUGGUAUUGAUGAUAUGCGCAACUGCUCACGUGUCAGGGAAUUGGUUCAAGCUAAUCAGAAAGAGAUGUUGAAAUUCACGCACGUGGGACGCACGGGUAAUGCACGUGCUACUAUUGAUGAUGAUUGGGUUCCUGUGAUUAGAGAAAAUGUAAAAGAGCCAUCGUCAGAGAGUUUUCGUGUUGGAACAUGUCUUGAGAUUCCUUAUGGCUUGGUGUACGAAGUUCUUGUGUCAGAAGCCGGUCGGUAUAAAGGGGUUCCACAGAUGGAGAUAGUUGGAUUGAAAAUGAGCUACAAGUAUACAACAUGGCAGUACCAUUGUGUCAGCGGUUAUGGUCUGGGCUGCUUAACAACUUCAACAAGCAAUAUCGCACCUUCUGCCACGGUCAGUGCGACUGUCACGCCAACUGUUUCGGUAACUGUUAACGCUUCUAUAAAUGGAUCGUCUGUAGUAAAUAAUAACACAACCACUAAUAAGAGCGAACAGACUAGCAGUUAUAACCCAAGACAGAUGUACUUCUCAUUAGAAACUGAAGUGAUAUUCAUCGACGUGCCCUCCACUCCACAAGUUAAAGUGAAAAGAUCUCAGGAUCAGUCAGGAAUCUGCUAUCAAGAUGUGUGUAAAGAAGAACUGUUCUACCCACUGUCAUCUCAAUAUCAAGGCGAACCUAAAGAUAAAGUCAUGGCAUAUUUUCUACUUUUGCUAUUCAUGGUUCUUGUUACGUUUUAUUUUACCAGGCCAUGGGGCUGAUAAUCAGCCAGUCAAACUAGUAAAGAUUCCCAUGUCUUAAUGGCUUACAGUCCGCCUAGGGGCCGUCCGUCCGCCGAUAUCGUGAUGAGUUGAGCCAGACACUUUGACAAUCUUGCUGUCUCAAUAUUACACGAGACGCAGCAAUUUAGGGAACUUUAUCCAGCUGGUUUGCACUCCAUUCUAACUGUCCAUCAAUUUAUUGGUGAGGUUGCAGACUUUGUUUAAAUGCUGAAUCAACAACCUGCUAUCAAUCAGGGGUUGACAAUUGAAUGAGCUCAGUUUAUGAGCAAAAUAUGACUGUUGUCAGAUGCUUCGCCGAGUUGCUAUAGACAAUGCACUUGACACUACUUUUAAGUAGUCUAAAAAGUCACAUUAUACAUAUGCUCAACGUGAACUGCAUCCUUAAAACACCCAAAUAUAGCUAUCUACACGCAUCGUAUCGAUUCGUUAUGUAUAUCAAAUAUUUAUUAACCAUUUAUGUGAGGAGCACUUUGCUAAAAUAAACUGACCGUACAUAUGA